AUGUAUCUUUUAUUCACCACGGACAAUAGCCGUUCUAGUGUUGGUUUCUUAAUUCAUUAUGAGAGUGUUACACUGGAAUCAGAUUCCUGCCUUGACCCAGGAAUUCCUGUAAAUGGCCACCGGCAUGGUAAUAAUUUCAGUAUCCGAUCUACAGUAACAUUUAGCUGUGAUCCAGGUUAUACUCUGAGUGAUGAUGAACCACUUCUGUGUGAAAGAAACCAUCAGUGGAACCACGCACUGCCUAGCUGUGAUGCUCUAUGUGGUGGGUAUAUUUAUGGAAGAAGUGGAACUCUUCUGUCACCAGGCUUUCCUGAUUUUUAUCCCAAUUCUUUAAACUGCACAUGGACAAUUGAGGUUUCUCAUGGCAAAGGUGUUCAACUGAUCUUCCACACUUUUCACCUGGAGAGCUCCCAUGACUAUUUGCUCAUCACUGAAGAUGGGAGCUUUACAGAACCUGUGGCAAGAUUAACAGGCUCUGUUUUACCUCCUACCAUUAAAGCUGGACUCUUUGGAAACUUUACUGCACAACUUCGAUUCAUUUCUGAUUUUUCCAUAUCCUAUGAAGGUUUUAAUAUAACAUUUUCAGAAUAUGACCUGGAGCCUUGCGAUGAUCCUGGAGUUCCUGCCUUCAGUCGACGCAUAGGAUUUCAUUUUGGAGUUGGAGAUUCCUUGACAUUUUCUUGUUUCCCUGGAUAUCGUUUGGAAGGUGCGAUCAAGCUUACCUGUCUGGGUGGUGGCCGUCGUGUAUGGAGUGCACCUCUGCCAAGGUGUGUGGCUGAAUGUGGAGCAAGUGUAUCUGGGAAUGAAGGAACAUUGCUGUCACCAAAUUUUCCAUCUAACUAUGACAACAACCAUGAAUGCAUCUAUAAAAUUGAAACUGAACCUGGGAAAGGCAUCCACUUAAGAUCCAGAACCUUUAAGCUGCAUGAAGGUGAUACUGUUAAGGUAUAUGAUGGAAAAGACAGUUCAUCACGUCUGUUGGGAACUUUUACAAAAAUUGAAUUGAUAGAACUCAUUCUCAACAGCACAUCUAACCAUUUAUGGAUAGAAUUUAAUAGUAAUGGAUCAGAUACAGACCAAGGUUUUCACCUCACAUAUACAAGCUUUGAUUUAGUGAAAUGUGAAGAUCCUGGAACACCAAAUUAUGGCUACAGGAUCCGUGAUGAAGGGCAUUACACAGACACAGCAGUUUUAUACAGUUGUAAUCCUGGCUACACGAUGCAUGGUAGCAAUAUUAUUACCUGUUUAAGUGGAGAUCGAAGAGUUUGGGACAAACCCUUGCCUACUUGCAUAGCUGAAUGUGGUGGACGAAUUCAUGCUGCUACUUCUGGUCGUAUCCUUUCUCCAGGUUAUCCGGCUCCAUAUGAUAACAAUUUGCAUUGUACUUGGAUUAUAGAAGCAGACCCUGGGAGAACAAUUAGUCUCCAUUUUAUUGUCUUUGAUACUGAGGUGGGUCAUGACAUCCUCAAAGUAUGGGAUGGUCCCAUUGAAAGCAAUAUUUUGCUUAAAGAGUGGAGUGGUUCAGCUCUUCCUGAGGACAUUUACAGCACUUUCAAUUCACUGACCUUACAAUUUGACAGCGACUUCUUUAUCAGCAAAUCAGGCUUUUCUAUCCAGUUUUCAACAUCAAUCGCAUCUACUUGUAAUGAUCCUGGGACCCCACAGAAUGGAAGUAGAUAUGGAGACAGCAGAGAGCCUGGAGAUACAAUCACCUUCCAGUGUGACCCAGGGUAUCAACUCCAAGGACAGGAUAAAAUUACUUGUGUGCAACUGAAUAAUCGAUUCUUUUGGCAGCCUGAUGCACCGACAUGUAUAGCUGCAUGUGGUGGAAACCUUACAGGCCCAGCAGGUGUUAUUUUAUCACCAAACUACCCACAGCCAUAUCCUCCCGGAAAGGAAUGUGAUUGGAGAAUAAAAGUAAACCCUGAUUUUGUCAUUGCUUUGAUAUUCAGAAG